UGCGUAGGAAUCUCGCUACCUUGGACGCGAAAACCACUUGCCGGGCUGCCCAAAGUCGCGGAGCCAGCCCCCCCUUGCCGACGCCGCUGCGCUUGCUGUCGCGACCAUAGUUGGUCGGCUGGCUGGCUUGGCUGGCUGGCCCCGGUGUUGUUGCCUGGCUUCUUCUCGGGUCUUCUUCUUCCUCCUCCGGCGUCUCGUGCAGCGGCGGUGUUGUUGCACCCCGCACGCGUGGUUUUGUGUGUGGUGCGGGUGCCCGGCGUCCGCGCCGAGCGUGUCUCUCGAUGGUCGCUGUCAGGGCCCGCUGAAAACGGCGCCAUGUGAAGGGGCGACGCCAGCAGACUUCGGCGACUGUGGGACGUGCCUCCCGAGCCCGGUCGACGGCGGCCGCUCGCUCGCAAAUCGUGUGCUCCCUCGUGCUGUGCGCGUGGUUAUAGUUCCUCGAGACUCGGCCGUGCAUAACGCCUUCGAAGAAAGCCGAGCAGAAAGUUCCGGCGAAGACACCUGGGAUAAUAAUACUCCGGAGGAAACAAACCGUCGGGUGUAUUUCGUUCGUCCGUCCCGGUGCUGCCGACCUCGGCUGCCUUGUGUAGCGAUUCGCUUUCCUUCUCGGCUCCUUGGCCCGGCCACGCAGUGUUGUUCCGGGGGCUUCUUGCUUGAUGAUGGCGAGACGGCGAAGGAUUAUGCUCAGCGGCCGACCGAGCGAGCUGGUUCCCUGCUUCGGCCUCCUGACGCGGAGGCCCUCCAGGUCGUAGUGCCACGCUGUCUCUUCCCGGAGGACGCCGGAGCCAGAGGACGACGUCGCCGCCGGGUCCAACGAGUGGCCGCGCAGCAUCCCAAUACUCGGCGCUCCCAAGCUAAGCGGAGCAACGGUAGUGAUAACGUGCCAACGGUGUGACUCAGCGUACGCGUCUGCUACGGGUAUCGCCAGAUUAUACUCAAGCUCCGAGAAAAACGGUCAUCCAGAUUGCCCUGGCCUCUGACCCUCGUCCACUCUCUAGUUGUGCGAACGUGCAGUGAUUCGCGGCUGUUUUUAUUGUACGCAAUUUAAAGCGUACUACGCGGCAGCCAGUAGAGGCUGUCAAACAGUUCCUGUUGUGUGACAAAAGUGCUGUUCGCCGAAGGUGAUGCGGACGGUAGCUGUCGGCAACGUCGAGUCGCCAUGACCGUGAGGACUCAGCUCAUCGUGGUCUUUCUUCUAGUCAGUUUGGGACUUCUGGUGUGUUCUGGUGCCGGUCAGUCCAAAAAGAAUGGCCAUGUCAAGAAAGGGAAAAUCUGCAUCGGCACAAAUGGCCGAAUGUCGGUUCCAUCGAACCGAGAGCAUCACUACCAGAACCUCAGGGACCGCUACACAAAUUGUACAUACGUGGACGGCAACCUGGAGUUGACAUGGCUACAGAACAAGAGCCUGGACCUGAGCUUCCUUCGCGACAUCCGCGAGGUGACGGGCUACGUGCUCAUCUCGCACGUGGACGUGCAGCGCAUCCUGCUGCCGAGCCUGAUGAUCAUCCGGGGCCGCAGCCUCUUCAAGCUGAACGUGCACGACGAGGAGUUCGCGCUCAUCGUGACGCUGUCCAAGAUGGAGAACCUCGAGCUGCCGGCGCUGCGCGACAUCCUGCGCGGCAACGUGGGCUUCUUCAACAACUACAACCUGUGCCACGUGCGCCACAUCCAGUGGGACGAGAUCCUGUCCGGCCCGCCGGCGCACAUGGUCUACGUGUACAACUUCACGCAGCCCGAGCGCAGCUGCCCGCCGUGCGACGCGUCGUGCCGCGGCGGUCACUGCUGGGGCGAAGGGCCGCACAACUGCCAGAAGUUCUCCAAGGUCAACUGCUCGCCGCAGUGCCACCAGGGCCGCUGCUUCGGGCCGGAGCCGCGCGAGUGCUGCCACCUGUUCUGCGCCGGCGGCUGCGUGGGGCCCAAGCAGAGCGACUGCCUGGCCUGCCAGAACUUCUACGACGACGGCGUGUGCAAGCAGGAGUGCCCGCCCAUGAUGCGCUACAACCCGAACACCUACUCGUGGGACUACAACCCGGACGGCAAGUACGCGUACGGCGCCACCUGCGUCAAGGACUGCCCCGAGCACCUGCUGCGCGACAACGGCGCCUGCGUCCGCAACUGCCCGCCCAACAAGAAGGCCCAGCAGGGCGAGUGCGUGCCCUGCGACGGACCCUGCCCGAAGAACUGCCAAGGGGUGAGCGUCGUCAACUCAAUCAACAUCGAGGACUUCCGAGGCUGCACCAUAAUCGAAGGCUCCCUUACCAUCUUGGACUCGACAUUCAACGGCUUUCAGGAAGUUUACGCCGAUUUCUCGUUCGGUCCUCGCUACGACAAGAUGGACCCGAGCAAAUUGGAAGUGUUCAGCACGCUGAAGGAAGUCACUGGCUACGUCAACAUCCAGGCUUCGCAUCCCAACUUCACGUCGCUGUCGUACUUUCGUAAUCUAGAAGUCAUCGGCGGUCGGACGCUAACAGAGUAUUUCGCCGCCUUGUACAUCGUGAAGAGUUCGCUGAAGUCGCUCAACUUACGGAGCCUGAAGAAGAUCCGCUCGGGCAGCAUCGCCAUCCUGGAGAACAAGGACCUGUGCUUCGCCGACAGCGUCGACUGGUACCAGGUCAUGAAGUCCAACGCCCACAACGUGCUCCUUCAACGGAAUGCCGACAAAGCCGAAUGCGAGGCACAAAAGCUUGUAUGCCACCCACAGUGCUCCUCAAGUGGUUGCUGGGGCCCAGCACCGAAUGAAUGCCUUUCCUGCAAAUCAUACCGUCUAGAAGACACUUGCAUCGACAAGUGUGACACACCCAAAAGCAUCUACGAUGAUGGGAACUUUGUGUGCAAGCACUGCCAUGAAGAAUGUCUCGGUGAAUGUUCUGGGCCUGGACCUGGUAACUGCAGCAAGUGUCGACAUGUCCGUGAUGGCCCUUACUGUGUCAAGGAGUGUCCUGAAUCGAAGUACAACCAGUCGGGCUUCUGUAUGCCCUGCCAUGAAAACUGCGUUGGGGGGUGCACUGGACCAAACAACACUGUUGGACCGGAUGCUUGCAACUCUUGUGAGAAGGCAAUUGUCAGUGCCUAUGACCCCAAUGUCGUGGAGCAGUGUCUGAAAGCAGAUGAAGCCUGUCCAGAUGGAUUCUACCAUGAGUACUUUGGUCCACAGGAGGAAGGAGCUCUCAAGUCCUUGACUGGAAAAUCGGUCUGCCGCAAGUGUCACCAGCGUUGCAAGAACUGCACAUCUUACUCCAUACAUGUCUCGGUCUGCGAGUGCCUGCACUACAGCAGUGGAGAGCAGUGUGAGGAUCGUUGCCAAAGAGAUCACUUUCCUGACGAGGCCAACCGACGGUGCCUGCGGUGUCAUGAUGAGUGCCGAGGAUGCUACGGACCCACGGCAGCCCACUGCACCAAUUGUCGCAACUUCCGCAUCUACGACUCUGAAAACCGCACUCAGUUCAACUGCACUGCCACCUGUCCUCCCGAGAAGCCAUUCAAGGUCUUCGAUGACACCACAACCAAGGAUCCGCACUGCUCUGAUGAAGAUCCCAACCAGAUGGCUUUGCAUGGCAGGACGGAGGAAGAUCAUCUGCCUGCAAUCCUUGCCAGUGCCGGGGGCUGCAUCCUGUUGCUGGGUAUCUUUCUGGCUGUGUUCAGCUACCACUGGUUCCAGCGAGCCAAAACCAAGGAGAACACCGUCAAGAUGACCAUGCGCAUGAGCGGUUUUGAAGACAACGAGCCUCUGAAGCCAACAGAUAUCAAGCCCAAUCUUGCCCAGCUAAGAAUUGUCAAAGAAGCAGAACUUCGCAAAGGCGGAAUCCUUGGCUACGGAGCCUUUGGUACAGUCUACAAGGGUGUCUGGGUGCCCGAGGGUGAAAAUGUGAGAAUUCCUGUCGCCAUCAAAGUUCUUCGUGAGGACACAGCACCCAACACAAACAAGGAGUUCUUGGAAGAGGCGUACAUAAUGGCGAGUGUGGACCACCCGAAUGUUCUCAAGCUGCUGGCGGUUUGCCUAACAUCACAGCUGAUGCUGGUUACACAGUUGAUGCCCCUUGGCUGCCUCCUCGACUAUGUGCGCAACAACCGGGACAAGAUUGGCUCCAAACCACUGCUGAACUGGUGCACCCAGAUUGCUCGGGGUAUGGCCUACCUGGAGGAAAAGCGCAUGGUUCAUCGCGACCUUGCCCUAAGAAAUGUCUUGCUUCAAACACCUGGCUGUGUGAAGAUCACUGAUUUCGGUUUGGCUAAGCUGCUCGACAACAAUGAAUUUGAGUACAAGGCAGCUGGCGGCAAGAUGCCAAUCAAAUGGCUGGCAUUGGAGUGCAUCCAGCACCGCAUCUUCACACACAAGAGUGAUGUCUGGGCAUUCGGCGUGACUGUAUGGGAGCUACUGACAUACGGUAUGCGACCUUACGAAAACGUUUCUGCGCGUGAUGUACCCGACCUGCUCGAGAAGGGAGAGAGGCUCAACCAGCCAUCAAUUUGCACCAUUGAUGUCUACAUGAUCAUGAUCAAGUGCUGGAUGCUUGACGCUGGUUCACGUCCCUCCUUCAAAGAGCUGGCCGAAGAGUUUGCCAAAAUGGCUCGCGAUCCAGGGCGUUAUCUGGUCGUUCCCGGUGACAAGUUGAUGCGGCUGCCCAGCUACACUCCGCAGGACGAGAAGGAGCUUAUCCGGAACCUGAGCAUGCCCAUGGAAGGCUCGGAGGUCAUCAUGGAUGCUGAGGAGUACCUGCAGCCCAGAGCUCAGCCCAGCAUGCUCUUAGGUGCCGAGCAGGCUCCACCACCUACACCGAUCAAGAAAUUCAUGGAUGAUCGCGGGUUCGAGGAGGAUCCCUCUGUUGGAGUUCCAAACCCAGCCGAGUUCUUCCCUGCCAACAUGGUUCCGCAUCCUGACAUGAAUGGGGGCUGCCACGCCAAUGGUAUGAACCCUCGCGGCCGAGAGAACAGCCUCAACCAGCGCUACUGCUCUGACCCGCUAAAGCUCCUUGGAAAAGAUGCUGAGGAAGGAGAUGACGAUGCCUUCGUGCACAAUGCGGCAACGCUUCCCAAGGGAUCCAAGCCAAGUGACAUGCGCAUGUCCCUACCGGUGGAUGAGGAUGACUACCUGAUGCCUUCACCCCGAUCCAAGGGCCUCUCCACCACUUACAUGGACUUGAUUGGGGACAGUCGCUACUCGAAUGGUGUUGAUGGCCUUGACCCCCGUCUUCAGGGCUACAGAGGCUUUAUGCCAGACUUUGUCCCUCCGAAUGGGCAGGGGCCGCUGCAGGGUGUUGACAACAUUGAGUACCACCUCAUGAAUCGCAACGGACCUGCACAUCCGGUGGCAAUGCAAAUACCUCGUGACCCGGGUCCCCAGUAUGUGAACACCUGCCCCCUGGGUUCUCCGAACACGGUGGUGCCCCCUCAGCAGCCCGGAGUGGUGACCCGCAAACCGCACAGCUCCGAUGAGGACACCGAUGACCACGAGUAUUACAAUGACUACGACCGACUCAAGCGGGAACUGCAGCCGCUCAACCAUCGUAGCCGGAGUGAAACAACGGUCUAGUGACAGUCAGUGCUCCAAGCUGUGCGUGGGACAGAAACUUGUCGCUGCAGUCAUCCAGUUGUAGCCGGGCAGGCUGUGAAAAAGCUACUGCGUCUCCUUCGUGGUGAGAAGGCAAACUCGGUCAAGUCAGGGCUGUCUCUGCUGGUAUGGCAUGUAGACAACAACCAAAGUGUGUGUGCAGGGGGCAGCUGAGAAUUUUGUUAGUUCAAAUGUGGCUUCUUCAUUAUUCAUUUCACUCCACCUAAAUGAUGAAGCUUGCGAGCGAAAUUCUGAGAAUGGUAGAAAUUUUUUCUGUAGAAUGUGGAUCCAGAUGCUGAAUUUCAUCAUGUCUCUUGUGUAUAGGCAUUGCAAUCUGGUUUGAAUCAUCAUUUAACUGUUGAGUUAGAUAGGGUCAUGAAAAAAGAAAGUUGGAUCUUGGCCAGUCAUUAUCUUUGAUGGAAAGCUCACAAAGAAAUGGAAGCGAGAAAAAAAUUGACUCAAAGUCCCAGAUGCUGCUCGAGUUCAAGGAAUUUGGGCCGUCACCUGAGGCCACCACAGCAAGAACUGCCGGACUAUUCUUUAAUAAAGUUUCUUCUUCUUCAAAGUCCACUUACCAAAGCACUACGACAGUUGGCACAGAGUGGCAGAGAAAGCUUUCCAUUUAUCUUAGAAAAGUCUUUCUAGGACUGCAGCUGUCGGCAGAACACACAAAAAUCUUCAUGCAAAGCAUCGAGUGAUCUCAGUCGUGUCUCCUGACAAAAGGCUUUUCGUUUGAAAGCAGCCAGCAGUGUGCAACAAAGAACUCUGCAUCUGAGUGAAAGUCUUGCAUUUGUUUCGACGCUAGCACCUUCAAUUGCCGUCUGCUUCUGGUCACUUCAAGUCACCUCGCCAAGGCUUCAACAGUGAACGCAGACUGUGACCAUUGUUGACUGUGGGUUAUAACAGGACUCUGGAAAGGCAAACGAAGACGCGUCACCGUGGGACCAGUUAUCACUUCCAGGAACUUGAUAUCUCCCAUGUGCUAUUUAUUUUCGUGGAAUACAUACAAGACUGUGAAAAUGGAGUUGUCUUCAUUGAGGACUGUGCUUCCUUUUAGAAAGGUCACUAAAGUUUCGUGCAGUUUGAUGUACAUAGUAUACAUAACUCUCUCGUCUCUUCUUCUUCUUCUUCUUCUUUUUUUUUAAGUGCAUACCUUUUUGUGUGAGCUGUGCCCAAAACAUUGCCACUGUAGUCUUUUCUUUGUCCUUUAUUUUUGUGCAUCAACUUGCCACAUUGUGCUACUAAGGAGUGCUGUUUGUUGUGUCUACUCCCAUCCUGAAAUUAUUCAGCUGCCUUUCUUGUUCCCUGUGGCUUGAUUAGCACAUUGAUGUCUUCCGUGCCUAACGACAUCAGCGGGUGCAUGUAAUGCAUAAGCUUUCAGUAUUACAACUCAUCCGAGUGCCAUAAGACAUUGCUAUCACUUCACUAACUCGUGCAACAACAAUUGGUUGACUUAUUGAUUUCCUACCGACAUGACGGUUGUUUUGUACAUGUUUUCAAGCUUUUAUGAACAUAUUUUUAGCAAGGCUUGAGGAAAGCCUGCAUUUACAAGGACUUUAAACAUCAGUACACAAGAUGCAUGUGUGCGCAAAGAUUGGGCUAUUUGCUGUCAAAUUGUGAAUGAUGUCCGCUAUUGAAACCUGUAGCAGGGUUUGGUUUUGAUUUCCUCUCUCCUUUUAUGGGGCAUACCUGGUGAUUUCUACUCAAGCAGCUGAAGGGCAUGCUUGAAUCACUCCACUGGUUGUGAACGUUUGUAAAGAGUGCAUUCGAAGAAUGGCUGAAUGCAGAGGAUGACUCAUUUUUCACACCUUUGAAUUUCAGUGAACACAGUCAUGACAUGUGUAAAAAAUUUUUAAAAUGGUGGCAAAGUGUGCCUUAUAUUUUUUUACAGAUACAUGACUUUAAAUCGUCUGUUUUGUUGUGUGUGAUGCAGCAAUUGUUGCCAGAGGUUUACGAGUAACGGUUCCUGCAAGCAAAGGAGCUGCUUUGAGACUUCUUUUUCUGUGUUGCACCAUUCCAAGUAAAGUACAAUAAAAUUUGUAGAAGGGACCAAAAUGAAUUAUUUUAGCAUAGGAACUGUGUUAAAAGCGCAAGGUUUAUGUUUGGUGCCUGCAAUGUCACUCUUUCCUUUCAGGUGUGAACUACUCAUUGUAGUCUAAGACUCGUGUUUAACACUGCCUCAUGAUCAUUGUAACAGUGUUUGACUUCCCACAAUGCUGCAAUGUUGGCCUGUAUAUACGUACAUUUUAAAACUUCUCAACUGGUUUCUACAGGAAAGCUCUGACGAAUAAGCUCACCUCAUUAGGCUCAGCUAGCUGCAUGUGACUGCAUGUUAUGUAUGUAUUGUACAAAGUGUGUUUUACCAAUGCCUGUUGAGUUCACAGGCAUUUCAUUUCAAGUUUUACAUAGUCCAGUUAGAAGCAGUCAAGGGAACACAUCUAAUGUGACUGCUCCCAAUGUGGGGCACCUCUGCAGAAGAGAGCGGAAAUUUUUACGGAUGAGAGAUGUAUUUGCUAUAUGGUACAUUAAUAAAAUUACUUGUCCAA